AUGGACACCAAGCCAGACAUACGUUGGUGCCUCCUCUCCAUCCCGUGGAGGAUCUUCUGCUUCUUCAUGUUGUUACCCUUCCGAGUCCUCAAGCACCUCUUCUUCGCUGAAGACACAGGCCAGCCUGAAGAUGGCAUAACGUGGCAGGUGCAGGUCUUCGACGCUGACCAAGCUCGCCGCGCCUACUACGUUGGUCGCCGGAGGGAGCAGGUCGACAACUACUGGUGGCGCUGCGCCCUCGAGAACGCCCGCCGUAAGCGUCUUCUACUACAGCAGGCCCCCGUCGUCGAAAGCAAUUGCGAGAUCGACGAGCCUAAGAAGUCUGUCCAGUUCGACGACACUCCCGAGUACAUCCCGCCGACACCCGCGGAUGAUGAACAAGUCGCCAACGCGGUCCAGUCGAGGCCCGCGGAGCCCAUCGUCGACGAGAAAAGUGCUGGGGGAAAGGGCGGUCAAGUUGGCUCGCACGGCGGUGGGAUUUUGACCGAAUGCAACCUAGAUGAGGUUGUAGACAAGGUCUGCAAAGCGCUGCAUCCAGAGGGGGCAUAA